UCGUGUCGGUGGCAUUUUGUUUGACGUGACGCAGUCCUACCAGCAGUAGCUGACGCCUACGCAAUGCCAAGAAGUUGCGGCGACAUCAACGAGACUUCUGCUCUCCAGCUACACAUAACGUAUCGAACAGCGUUGCAGUCGGUCGCAAGACGAGAGCCUUGCUACGGUUUGGUAACUCGUGUCUCUGAUGGAUCUGCGUCCCUUGUCGAAAAGACUCUCAUUCCGCCUGCACCAACGACGUUUCUGUCUGCGCCGUUUGCGCGGGAACCGUUCAAAAUAAUUUGAAAGGGCACGAUUGGAUGCGCUGAUUGGUGCAUUCCAAGGCUGCAUGUGCUGCAAGAUCGCGCGGCAAGCGACUUCCAUUCGGUCGCGUGCUUGGCGCUUGCAUCGGUCGCGAUCACCGAUCACCGAUUGCCAGAGCGGUGGUCGUGAAACUCAACCGCCCGUAUUGUCGUUCAGAAAGGCCGCAACUUGGUUUUUGUAUGGUCAAAUCCAUGCAUUUUCGUAGCUGACCUCAAAAUCGCCGGUGCCACCCAGCAGGAGCAGCAGCAGCAUGGCGUCGACGCUGCACGUCGCAUCCAGCUCGAUCAACCCGUACAUCACAUGCACGCUAUGCAACGGGUACUUCCGCCAGCCCUACACAGUGCGCGAAUGCAUCCAUACGUUCUGCAAGAGCUGCAUCUUCAAGCACAUUGUGACCCAGGACAAGCGCGCGUGCCCCGUGUGCGAAGGCCCGUUUGGCACGUAUCCGCUCUCGGGCACGAAGCGCAAGCCGCCAGAGAUUGUCCAAGACCACGCGAUGGAAGGCCUCGUCAAGAAGCUCCUCGCCAAGCUCGACGUGCAAGACGCGCAGGAUGAGGUCGCGUUCUACGCCAAGCACGAUAUCCCACACAAGUCAAACACGGCUACCGGGUCGUCGCAGGCCGAAGUCAAGUUCAAGAAACUCAAGGGCAAGCAGCUCCGCGUGGUCCUGCGCCCCGAGCUCAAGUCGCUCGGUCCACCGGACGGCAGCGACGAGUCGGCGCCGUUGCGACGAAAGCACUUUACAUACCUCUGGCAACUCACCGAGCGAUACCGCAUUUUCGACGUCAAGAUCCUGCUCCGCAAGAUGCUGCGGCUGCGCGGGCGGCUGGUCGAGCCGCAGGAUCUAGAAGUGCGCUGCGCUGGCCAGCUCCUCGGCAAGGAGCAUACGCUCAUCUUUAUUCAAAAGGCCAUGUGGAAGAAAGACGGGCCCAUUACGCUCGAGUACCGACGCGUCAAUGCGUCGCCGACCUAAAGCCAAUUCAACUGCAUUUGCUGUAGUCGUC